UUUUUGUUAGAUCGUAUCCUGUUGCUCCCUCGAAUUCCCGAAGCCACCGUUCUGGCGAUCGCCGACGCGAAGAAGCUUACCAUCGUCACCGACAUGGACGGGAUCAUGACAGAGACGGUCGCAGAAGUAUUGAUUAUAACAAUGAACAGCGCAGGAGCUCUCCAAGUUACGAUAAAACUAUGGGCGAGAAUCGAGAAACCGAAAAUGAAACACAACAAAAAAUGCAACAUUCUGAUAAGCCUAUUUUUGAGAAAGAAGCGGGAAAAGAGACAAACAAAACAACAAAACCAAAAGUACCGAUUUCUCUUGAAGAAUUGUUGCAAAAACACGAAACAGAAAAACAAGCCAACGAUAGGCCAAAAUUCAUGACAAAAGAGGAAAGAGAAAAGUUGGCAUUGGAGAAGCGUCAAAAGGAGAUUGAAGAGAAGAGGCUAAAACAAGAUGAAGAGAGACGUCAACAGGAAGAAUUCCAAAGAAGAGCAAUGGAAGAAGCUCGACAAAAUGGCUAUGGUCGUGACCGUAGAGAUUAUUAUGAUCGAUAUGAGCGCGAGAGAUUUGAUCGUUAUGAUAGGUCGAGGGGGAGGGAUCGUGAUAAUUUAGAAAAGCGUUCAACCGAUAAAUCUGAAGCCACCGAAGAAGAAAAAUUAGACGACAAGGAAUUGCAGGCGAUCAGA